CCGCAGGUAUUUGGACGAGCCUGAUGUCUGACUGUGCUGGCAUCACAAUCACAGGACCCAGCGACUGAUCGGAGCAGAGAGAUAUGCAACGCUCUGCCAAGUCAUGCAAGGCAAGCUUGAUCGUGUUCUGCAAGACUUGCCAUUCGACACUCAACCAGUCCUUACGGGGCUUACCGCACGGACCAACGGGCCGACGAACCCAAAGCGCAAGUCCGGUAAACGCACCAAAGAAGCCGAUCCGGACACGCACGAGGGCCCGGCAGAUGAUGGGCGCAUUGGCGUCAGCUUCAGUCUGAGUCUGCCAGGACGGACGUUCUCCGAGCUGCCAGAACAUUCCUUUCGAACCAACAUGAUCGUCAUUGUGCGAGAUGGCAAGCCCAUCACGCCCGAAUCGCCCGCUUGGACCGCUAGAGUUACUCGCGUCUUCAAAGACAGCAUCUCUCUUCGCUCCGAGUGCUUCACGCCAGAGAUCGAUGCUCAUUCACUCUUCGUGCCCGGCAAGGAUCAAUUGUACUCUAUAGAGCUGGCCUGGGACGACGCAAGCUACAAACGGCAGUCUCUCGCUGUAGACCUGCUCUCUACCGAUCUGCAGCCGCAAUUGAGCUAUAACGCUUCCAUCUUCACCAAGAGGACAGGAGCGGCGUACAAGAAGUACCCAGAGCAUCCUUUGCUGGGCACAGGCUUGCGAGACGUCAUACUAGAUGACAGAUUGUAUGCAAAAGGCGCUACAGACGUACCCGACUUUGUCGCCUCAAACCAGCUCCUGUACAGCUGGGUCAAACGCUACACUCGGUCUCACCCCAUCGUCUUGGAAGGAGACCCGGUGCUCGAUCUCAAUCGAACCCAGAUCAGAGCAAUCGCGCAAUCGUUGAGCAGCAGGUGUGCACUCAUCCAGGGCCCUCCCGGCACCGGCAAAUCAAUCACCAUCAUCGAAGCGCUCCGACUGCUCAAGGUGCACUUUCAGGUCCCGCAGCCGAUUCUCGUUUGCGCUCCUACUCACGUCGCAGUCGAUCAGCUGCUCGCACGAGCUGUCAAAGCUGGUCUGAGACCACUACGCGUUGGGCUUGAAGACAAAGUCAGUCCGUCUGCAGAACCAUAUUGCAUGCUUGCACAAGUCGCCCGUCACCCCUUUGCCGAGAAGCUAGAAGUCAUGUCGGAUCGCAUACGAGGGCUAGAUCAUCAGCGUAUCGGUCCCGCUGCAACGCCCGACGAAGCUGUCGAUACAAAGUUCAAGCGGGUCCUGUCAUCGCGAUACUUCUUGGAGUCUCUCAUCUGGGCUGACAUAUGCUCGAACGUCGAUGUCAUCUUCUCCACUUGCCUCGGCGCCUCGGUCUCGCAUGUUGCCUCGAUUGACUUCCCCAUCGUCUUCAUCGACGAAGCUGCGCAAUGUAAUGAGGCAAGCACUUUAGUGCCGCUCAUGAAGGGCAGUCAGCAGCUCGUCCUCAUCGGCGAUCACAAGCAGCUGCCGUCUAUCGCAAUGAGUCCUGAUGCGACCCAAGAGGGCUUCAACAUCAGCUUGUUCGAGCGAUUGAUGGUCAGCAAGCGCGUGCCCUUCGUGAUGCGCCGAGUACGCUCAAAUCGAAGCAAGCGGCAAUACGAUCGCGCUUCUCUCCUGCUGGCAAAUCGAGCGCGCUGACCUUUAUUAAUUGUGAUGGCCUCGAGCAGAAGGAAGGAAAGUCGUACAUCAACGAAGGCGAAGACUUGCGCUGCUCGGACAUCGGUAUCAUCACACCUUAU